AUGGUUGGCACCCAAGGAUGUGUUGAUCCGAAGUAUUGUUCUACCUUAGAAUAUAACAAGAAGAGUGAUGUAUUUAGCUUCGAGGUGGUCCUCCAGGAGCUCAUCAUGGGUCAACCUCCAAUUUUGAAAGGUGUGCCAGAUGAAAUGGUUUUUAUAGUUGAACGAGUGCAAGAAAAGCUCAAGAGAGGGAACAUUGAGGCCAUAAUAGAUUCAAGGCUACAAAACAUUUACGAUAUCAAUUCCAUUUGGCCAACUGCCGAGCUAGAACUUCUAUGCACAGCUGACGUUCCCAGUGAGAGGCCAACCAUGAGUGAGAUCAUAGCUGAGUUGAAGGAGAGCUUGAGAUAG